GCAUGUCAGUGUGCGCGCGCCUCCUGCCCGCAGCCGCUGCAAGUCGCACCGAGCAAACAGCGGCUUUUGUGCGCAUGAUGCACCGUGAUCGACGCACCUGAGAGGAGCGACAGAGCCAGCCCGGUACCGCCAGGCGCCCCGCCGCUCCGCACCGCACCGCAGCCGCGCAGCACGCGCAAGGGAACACCGCUGCUUCCAACUGAAUCCUGGAUUUUAAAAAGUGCGGCUGUUUGCAGAGUUUGCUGCUGGAUUUUAGCAGGGAUGAAGCUGGCUCUGCUCUCACCUCCACCUCACAUCUGACAACAUGGAGGAAACUCACGUUGCCCUGAGAAGCAGACACGUCCAUAAAGUCCGACUUCACACCAAAAACCUGGACUUGAGCCGCCGUGAAGAGUAGAAACGGAUCAGGCAGCUCCUCUUCCUCCACAUGAUCACUGCCUUGCAGCGUCGGGACAACUCCUUCCCACCAAGACUGUUAACCACUAAGACUGUUAUCUUCUACCUUUUUCUUCUCAAAGCUUAUUUUUAUAUCAAAUGUUUAUCUGAACAUAUCUUCUUGUGGAUCAAAGUGUGGAUUCUAGAAGUUUAGCCAAAAGAUUCCGGUCUGAUUGAAUUCCCGCUCCUUGGAUUAAUCCGUUCCCUGCAGCUAUGGAUCUUGUGGGUUUUUCUAUCAGGCUUCAUCUGCUCCUCAGCUCUUGUCUGGGUCUGGACUUUUUGGGCACACCAGGUCAGUGGGCCCGCUACCUCCGCUGGGACGCCAGCACCCGCGGUGACCUCAGCUUCCAGCUAAAGACGGACGCCUCUGAGGCGCUGCUGAUGUACUUUGAUGAUGGAGGCUACUGUGACUUUCUGCAGCUAGCAGUGGUGGAGGGACGCCUGCAGCUGCGCUUCAGCAUCGACUGUGCUGAGACCACUGUGGUGUCCACUAAACGGGUGGACGACGGCCGCUGGCACACUGCCACGCUGAGCAGGUCGAGCAGGCGUACGACACUGGUGCUGGACGGCGAGGCCAAAGGGGACGAGGUCAAGCCUCAGCGUCAGUCCAUGAAAAUAGUCAGCGACCUAUUCUUGGGUGGAGUUCCUCAGGACAUCCGCACCGGUGCACUUACACUGCCUACAGCACGAAUCAUGCAACCCUUCAGGGGAACAAUCACAGACCUCAGAUAUGGGACCUCGCAGCCCCUGCUACUGGGAAGCCUUAAGGUGCCCCUGGAGUCUGAGGGUUGGUGCACGGUGAACCCGUGUGAGAACGGUGGGACGUGCACGCUGGUGGAUGGAGCAGCAAUCUGCGACUGCUCCAAAACGGAGUACAAGGGCCGCUUCUGUAGUGAAGAGGUCGGCAAGAAAACUCCAGGCUUUGCUCAUAUGAUGGCAGAACAAGCUAAAAGCAAAGGUACAGCCUUUUCCAAAUCUUUCCUUUACCGCCUGUAUGAACAGCGCCGCUCGCUCUCGAGGGAGGAGAACGUGGCCACCUUCCGGGGCUCUGAGUUCUUCUGCUACGACCUCUCCCAGAACCCCAUCCAGAGCAGUAGUGACGAGAUCACGCUCUCCUUCAAGACGUGGCAGCGUAAUGGUCUCAUCCUUCACACGGGGAAGUCAGCCGACUACGUCAACCUGGCGCUGAAGGAUGGGGCGGUGUCCCUCGUUAUUAACCUGGGAUCUGGAGCCUUUGAAGCCAUCGUGGAGCCUGUCAACGGGAAGUUCAACGACAACUCGUGGCAUGAAGUCAAAGUGACUCGAAACCUCCGGCAGGUGACGAUAUCAGUGGAUGGGAUUCUGACCACGACGGGCUACACUCAGGAGGACUACACCAUGCUGGGGUCGGAUGACUUUUUUUAUGUGGGGGGGAGCCCCAGCACAGCAGACCUUCCUGGAUCUCCAGUCAGCAACAACUUCAUGGGCUGUCUGAAGGAGGUGGUGUACAAGAACAAUGACAUCCGUCUGGAAUUGUCUCGGAUGGCUCGGCUCCUGGACCCAAAGAUGAAGAUACAGGGUGAGGUGGCCUACAGGUGUGAGAACGUGGCAACACUGGACCCGAUUUCCUUUGAGACUCCGGAGGCCUACAUCAGUCUCCCCAAGUGGAACACCAAGCGGAUGGGGUCCAUAUCUUUUGAUUUCCGUACAACCGAGCCCAACGGACUCAUCCUGUUCACUCAUGGAAAACCUCAGGAGCGUAAAGAUGCUGCUCGCAGCCAGAAAAACACGAAGGUGGACUUCUUUGCUGUUGAACUUCUGGAUGGGAGUCUGUACCUGCUGCUGGACAUGGGCUCUGGGACCAUAAAGGUGAAAUCCACCCAGACCAAAGUGAACGAUGGAGCGUGGUACCACGUGGACAUCCAGAGAGAUGGUCGUUCAGGUACCAUCUCUGUAAACAGCAGGAGGACCCCGUUCACGGCCAGCGGAGAGAGCGAAAUCCUGGACCUGGAGGGAGACAUGUAUCUGGGAGGUCUUCCAGUGGACCGCUCCAACCUCAUCCUGCCCACCGAACUCUGGACAGCAAUGCUGAACUACGGCUACGUCGGCUGCAUCCGGGACCUGUUCAUCGACGGUCGGAGUAAGGACAUCCGGCAGAUCGCCGAGGCCCAGAACGGCGCUGGCAUCAAACCCUCGUGCAACAAGCAGCAGGGGAAGCAGUGCGAGAGUUACCCGUGCAAGAACCGAGGUGUCUGCAAAGAGGGCUGGAACCGGUUCAUCUGCGACUGCACCGGCACUGGGUACUGGUCACGUACCUGUGAGAGAGAGGCCUCCAUCCUCUCCUACGAUGGCAGCAUGUACAUGAAAGUGGUGAUGCCGACCGUCAUGCACACCGAGGCCGAGGACGUCUCGCUACGGUUCCGGUCCCAGCGCGCCUACGGCCUCCUCAUGGCCACCACCUCCCAGGACUCGGCCGACACGCUGCGGCUCGAGUUGGACGGGACUCGGGUCAAACUCACAGUCAACUUAGACUGUAUCAGGAUAAACUGUAACUCCAGCAAGGGACCGGAGACCCUGUAUGCCGGGCAAAAGCUCAAUGAUAAUGAGUGGCAUACGGUCCGCGUGGUGCGGCGGGGCAAAGCCUACAAGCUAACGGUUGACGAUGAUGUAGCAGAAGGCCAGAUGGUGGGUGACCACACCCGCCUGGAGUUUCACAACAUCGAGACCGGCAUCAUGACGGAACGUCGCUUCCUUUCCAGCAUCCCAUCGAGCUUCAUCGGCCACCUGCAGAGCCUCAGAUUCAAUGGGAUGCUCUACAUCGACUUGUGCAAGAACGGCGACAUCGAUUACUGCGAGCUCAACGCCCGUUUUGGGGUUCGCUCCAUCAUCGCCGACCCCGUCACCUUCAAGUCUAAGAGCAGCUACCUGAGUCUGGCCACCCUGCAGGCCUACACCUCCAUGCACCUGUUCUUCCAGUUCAAAACCACGUCUCCGGAUGGAUUCAUCCUCUUCAACUCCGGAGAUGGCAACGACUUCAUCGCUGUGGAGCUGGUUAAAGGGUACAUCCACUACGUUUUUGAUCUUGGAAACGGACCAAACCUCAUCAAGGGAAAAAGUGAGCGGGCGCUGAACGACAACCAGUGGCACAACGUGGCGAUAACCCGAGACAACAGCAACACACACUCGCUGAAGGUGGAUGCCACGGCAACGAGUCAGACCAUCAAUGGGGCCAAGAACCUGGACCUGAAAGGGGACCUCUUCAUCGCAGGACUGGGUCCGGGCAUGUAUGGAAACCUUCCCAAGCUCGUGGCGUCCAGAGAGGGCUUCCAGGGCUGUCUGGCCUCGGUGGACCUGAAUGGCCGCCUGCCAGACCUGCUGAACGAUGCCUUGUUUCGCAGCGGACAGAUCGAACGUGGAUGUGAAGGUCCCAGCACCACCUGUCAGGAGGACUCCUGUGCCAACAUGGGGAUCUGCAUCCAGCAGUGGGAGAACUACACCUGCGACUGCUCCAUGACCUCCUACACGGGGACGCAGUGCAAUGACCCUGGAACCACCUACAUCUUUGGUAAAGGAGGAGGUCUCAUCGUCUUCAGCUGGCCAGCUAACGAGAGACCGAGCACCAGGACCGACAGACUGACCGUUGGCUUCAGCACCUCUCUGAAAGACGGGAUCCUGGCUCGGAUAGACAGCGCUCCUGGUCUGGGGGACUACCUGAUGCUGCACAUACAACAAGGGAAGAUCGGCGUGACGUUCAACAUCGGCACCGAGGACAUCAGCGUGCUGGAGAGCAGUACCCCAGUGAAUGAUGGGAAAUAUCACGUCGUCCGCUUCACCAGGAAUGGAGGCAACGCCACGCUGCAGGUCGACAACUGGUCCAUCAACGAGCAUUUCCCAACCGGGAACAGCGACAUUGAACGCUAUCAAACGGCCAAUAAGAAAAUUCCUUUCAAAUAUGUCCGACCGGUAGAAGAAUGGCUGCAGGAUAAAGGACGACAGCUGACCAUUUUCAACACUCAAGCGACGAUCGCCGUCGGGGGCAGCGAUCGAGGGCGACCUUUCCAGGGUCAGCUGUCAGGCCUUUAUUACAACGGUCUCAAGGUGCUAAAGAUGGCCGCCGAAGCCAACCCCAACAUCAGGGUCAACGGCAGCGUGAGGCUGGUGGGAGACGUGCCCAGUGUGGCUGGGUCUGCCAGAACCACGGCCAUGCCUCCAGAGAUGUCCACCACCUUCAUGGAGACCACCACGAUGAUGUCCACCACCACCACCCGGAAGCACAGAUCCUCCUCCACUGUGCAGAAGCACACAACAGACGACAUCGUGUCCUCUGCGGAGUGUUCGAGCGAUGACGAAGACCUCGACGACUGUGACACCAACCAUCCAGGUGGGCUAGCACUCCCUACAGAGCCAGGCAUCAGGCGAGUCCCGGGGCCCUCGGAGGUGGUCCAUGAAUCUAGCAGCACCACCGGGAUGGUCAUCGGAAUAGUGGCGGCCGCAGCCCUGUGUAUCCUCAUUCUGCUGUACGCCAUGUAUAAGUACAGGAACAGGGAUGAAGGCUCCUACCAGGUGGACGAGAGCCGGAACUACAUAACCAACUCCGCUGUGCAGAGCAACGGCGCUGUGAUGAAAGACAAACAGCAGAGCCUGAAGAGCAGCAACAAGAGACAGAAAAACAAGGAUAAGGAGUACUACGUGUGACUGAGGGACUUUGGUUAAGCACUGAAGAGAGCGAGAGAGAGAGAGAGAGAGAGAGAGAGAGAGAGAGAGAGAGAGAGAGAGAGAGAGAGAGAGAGAACUUUUAUCAGCAGGUUCCCUGUGAGGAGCUGUGACCCAUGAUGAUACCACAUGGAGCUUCUGUGCUGAGUAGUUGGACUGAUGAGAUGUACUGUAACAUAAAGCACACCAACCAUCGAGCAAAACGCGUAACGACAAGGUUAAAUAGCACCUUUAGAACCUGUAUCUGGUCAGAGACGUCGUCAGCAUAGAAACACCCACGGCAUCAUCCUCCUCAGUGACUUUUAGAGCUGUGUGAUCCUUGGCAUUAAACAAUUCUGGGUGAAAUUGUUAAUUACAAAAGGCUCAUUAUCCAUCAGCAUGUCAGCAGCAAGUGAAGGGGCAGUCAGGCGCACAACGGUUGUACAAGUACAAAGGACUCUUGUGUCACAAUACUACCGAUUUUUAUGCUUUAUAAAUUAUAUAAGUGUGGUGUCUUACUUACUUUUGCUUAAAGCAAAAAAGGCAAAAAGAGCAGAAAGACAACGAUUUCUGUGUAUUAAAAAAUGAGCCGAUAGCCGAGGGCAGGCCUCAUACCGUCUGUUUGCUCUGGCGUCUAAUUCACCACAGUUAUUCCCAUUGUCCCACGGACACAGUGACUCUCUUUGUGGGAAGAAGCGCCUGAUUGUAAAAUGCAUGCCAUCCUGAUUCCACAGUAAGGUACCGUACAGUAAAAGUCCAGUCUAGAGUGUGGAACCUGGAUCGUGCAAAAACACUCGUUCGUCUUCAGACCUGGACUUGUGGAGCCCUCUGAAAGGUGCUGCAGACCCGCGCUGGCUGGCGCCGCAGCGGCGUGCUUCUCCUGUCGUUUUCUUUUCUACGGAGGUGUUGGGAAGGAGACUGAUGCAGUACUACAACACUGUUAACUCGUGUGUACACAGAAGUAAACCAGAUGUUGAACGUGUGAAUUCUAUCUGCUGUCGCAGCAGCCGUGUGAAAAAAAGAGAAAUUUGUUUACAUAUUUUAUUACAUGCUAUCUGUUGUACUUUGUAGGGAGUAAACUGUACAUAUACCAUGACGGUUGUCACUUUUAGUACCUCUAUUGUACAGACUGAAGAUAUGAUUUAUCAACAGAGUUCAUGAUGAAAUCUAUUAACUGUUCAUUUACACAAAGAAGACUUUAUUUAGCCAGACUGUGGAGACUCAUAUUGAUAUUCAUAAAGAAUAAAAAUGUAUUGUUAGCCUAGAAAACUACGCAGAUGUUUCUAAAGUUGCAUGAAUAUUUAACUACAGAUACACGCUGCCAUCUCGUCUCUACCGCGGGGUUUUGUGUCUGGCUGCACUUCUCAGAGGUCAGCGCUCUAAUAAAGGAUGGGUCCAUCAGCGUCACCUCUUCGUUUAUCGCUCGUUUCCGUUAGCGACCAUCGGGCUUAAAGAGGAGGAGAGUUGUUCUCACGACUCGUACUUUCUGUUCCUGCUGUUGUUUUUCAUAACCUUUUUCAUCCGUUUGAUAAAUAAAACUUUGGGUUUUUUUCUCUGGAAUUAUUUUGUACUCGCUGAGGGAGAAAUGAUCCUGUCAGCCUUCCGGCAUUUCUUUAGAGUCCAGGAAGAGCUAACAUUCCCAACCGGGAUCAUUUGGCUUUGCUUAUCAGGAAGAACUUGGCAUACUUACCAUCUAGCGUUGUAUGGAAGCCCUAAAAGGCCAAAACCUCGCAACACCGAAGCCGACUGCUUCUUUAAAUGUGAGAAUUUUCUGUUUGUAAAGAAACCUUCAUUUGGUUUAUUAGAGUUAGGGUUAGGGCAACAUGAUGCCACAUUUAUAUCCAUCUAAAACACAACACAACAACAUCCUGUUUAUUUGUUCUUGCAUUUUGAGAAAAACAUUUUAAUGUCGCACAAAAAAAUAAACAAAAAUAAAAAUAUUCCCAAAAUCAGGAAAACAAUUUUUGGGACGUUUUCCUUAUCCUUAAGGGCUUCCAUACUGUUAUAAUUUUGAGUUCUAGCUAAUUCUGUUUGUUUGUUUGUUUGUUUGUUUGUUUGUUUGUUUGUUUGUUUGUAGGACGUUUCUGAUUUGUGUUCUCUCCAAAGAUUAAAUGAUAAUUAUUUGUUGAUCUUAUUGUUAAUUCACAGUUUAAACUGAGCUCAUCGGUUUGUUUCCGCUGGUUUUAUUCAAACGCUGAGUCAUCAGCUGAUCGACUCAGGAAACCAUAAUCUAAAUAAUGACUCAUCGUUUUCAUUCAGGCCAUUAUUUUUCUUACGGCUGUUUAUGAAUGUAUUUAUUGUUGCCCCGCCCCGCCCCGCCUCACCUUUCGCCUCCACACCUGGGUCAGCACAAGUCCUGGUUAGAGCCGCCCGUGAGCAGCGGGGUUUGGGUUCUUGUCCUCAGGGCGGACCGGGUUCUGUCUGAGGGUGCUGCUGGGUUUGAUGCGGUUGUGCGGCUCAUUCGUCUCAAACGUCCAGCAUCACUAAAGGUCCGGCUGCACUUUGCUUCAGUAAGAAGACGUCUGGUCUGUUGUAAACGGAGGAUGUGUCCCGGCCCUUUCCCAGCUAGACUCUAGCUCAGGAGGUGUUGUACAAACGUCAGGCGACAGCUGAGGGAGCUGGACGGAGAGAGAGAGGAACAAUAGUAGCUGAACGCUGUCUGGUGAGGUUUAGUGAGGAGAUGAGGAGGGAUGCUAUUCUUCAGCAUGUAGACACCGCCUACAGCUCUUCUUCCCAUCCAGACAAACGUUCAGCUUCGGGACCGCUGAGGCUAGAACCCUCAGUGAGUUCAAUAAAACAGGAAUUCCUUCCCAGUUAGUCCAGUUUCUGACUCCCGAGGAAGCCCUGUUGAAACCUUCUCCUUGGACCUCCAGUCCGAGCCUCUCUGUGACGCUGCGGCUAUCAGACAACCGGCUCUUCUAACAGCCAAACGAACAGCCUUCCAGCUUCCUGUUGUGAGCUGCAGAGAUCUCAAGACCGGACGGGUCGAGUCGGAGCUGAUCUACGGGCUCCGGACACGUUGAGGUCGAUGUCCACCCGACUUCCGACAGUCUGGAUCUGCCGGGGGUCUCUACACAAAGGGUCUUGUAGACUCAAGAGAUUGCAUCUGAUGACUUUAUCAACCCGUAGCUCAUCAAACAAACAUCUAAAUUCUUUCACACCCAGAUUUCACAAACUCUCAGAUACAAACAACAGUUGCUGCAACAUCCAGCUCCGGUCACAUCCACCACACCACUUCUCCUCAUUCAUAUCUGUCAUGUAUGGAUGAUUAGUUUAGUUAAAAGAAUUAAAAUCAUUUUAUAAACUAUAAACUGACUCUGGAUUCAUACAAAUGGCGGUCCCUGAAGAAGAAAAGCAACUAGAAUCUUCUGAUUAACAUUCAAACAUCGAUCAGGUUGAUAUUUUCAUGUUUAGAUGGAAAAUCACAUCAUUUUCAAUUAAGCUGUAAAGUUUCAGUUUCCUUACAUUAUUAUUGUUUUAUCACAAUUUUUUUCUAACUUUAAAAAUAUUUUAAUAUUUUGAUUUUUUAUAUUUUAAUAGUUUUGUUGUUGUUUGUUUUUGUUUACGUGAAGCGCCUCGUGAUUUUUAUCUUGAGCGGCGUCAUAUGAAAGAGAAUCUCUCAUAAACCAGCUCCAGUGGAUGGUGGCAGAACUGGUUUCAGAUCUUCUCUCUGGCCUAAACUAACGAACCCUCACACGUCCAACCCUCCAUCGAACCCUCCAGAUGCUCACAACUUCAUCUCGGGUCAAAGCGACAUCGUUUUGAGCGUCGGAGCGAUGCUGUUUCCAUCUGCUCACAGCUGAUGAAAACCCACAUUCAACAUCCCAGACAGUCGGGUUAUUGUGAAAAGCUUCAAUAUUCCAGACUCAAAGUGUCGCUGUGGCCAGCUGAUGAGUCCAGGACACCUGUAGCGGGUUCCUGAGCCUUCAGCUGGUUUUCCUGGAGCUGGACCUCCAACAGGAUGCAAGCCUGUAUUCCAGAUCUUCCUUGGAUAAAAGAGAGGGCAUCCAGACAGGUCCAAAGGUCUGGUUCUGUGAUGUCUGGAUAAUAAUUGACCCUUAUUCCAAUAAAGAGACGAGAUGUUCAGUAAACAAAUAUUCACCUUUAUUUCAUAACUUCUCUCUUUUUACAUACAAAAAUAAUUUUAUGGAAUCCUGAUGGAAACACACACACACACACACACACACACACACACAC